AUGUGUUACUAUGGAAGCUACUAUGGAGGACUGGGAUAUGGCUAUGGUGGUCUAGGCUGUGGUUAUGGCUGUGGCUACGGUGGCUAUGGUGGCUAUGGUGGCUAUGGCUAUGGUUACUGCCACCCACUGUGCUGUAGAAGAUACUGGUCUUAUGGUUUCUACUGA